AUCUGGUUGGGACACCGGGUGCUUCCGCUUUCCCCUGAAGCCCGAGGGGGAAGAUAUCGCUUGUAAGUCGCUUUUUACCCGCCCGCUGGGUCAAUGUGUUUUUGCUGACCCUCCCCAGCCAUGGGAAUCCUGCGGUUCGUUUUCCUGCUUUCUUGGGCGACCAGUUCAGGAGGUCAAUAUGGGAAUCCAUUGAAUAAAUACAUUAAGCAUUAUGAAGGACUGUCUUAUGAUACAGACUCCUUACACCAAAAACACCAACGUGCCAAAAGAGCAUUAUCCCAUGAGGACCAGUUUGUGCGUCUGGACUUCCAUGCCCAUGGCAGGCACUUCAACCUUCGCAUGAAAAGGGACACAUCUCUAUUUGCUCCUGAUUUUAAACUGGAAGUUGGAGGAGAAGUAGUCGAUCAUGAUACCUCUUAUAUAUACACUGGAGAUUUAUUUGGUGAACAAGGGACAAAGAGUCAUGGGUCUCUUUAUGGUGGUAGAUUUGAAGGAGUCAUCGUCACCCCUCAAGGAAAAUUUUACGUAGAGCCAUCAGAGAGAUACUUCAAGGACCAAGCUGUCCAAUUUCAUUCUGUCAUUUAUCAUGAGGAUGAUAUAAAGUAUCCUCAUAAAUAUGGACCCCAAGGAGGCUGUGCAGACCAUUCAGUGUUUGAAAGGAUGAAGAAGUAUCAGAUGUCUGCUCAAAGUGAGCCAGAACAGACGCAUUUACACGAACAUGAGGACAGUCAACCGGUUAUUCUAAGGAAAAAGCGAGCUGCUCAGGCAGAGAAGAAUACCUGCCAGCUUUAUAUCCAGACUGAUCACCUCUUCUAUAGACGAUACGGAGAAACGAGAGAGGCUGUUAUAGCCCAGAUCUCCAGCCAUGUAAAAGCAAUCGACACAAUUUAUCAAUCGACAGACUUCAUGGGGAUACGCAACAUCAGCUUCAUGGUGAAACGCAUUCGGAUCAACACAACAGCCGAUGAAAGAGAUCCUUCAAAUCCCUUCCGGUUUCCCAACAUCGGAGUUGAAAAGUUCCUGGAACUGAACUCUGAGCAGAAUCACGAUGAUUAUUGCUUGGCGUAUGUCUUUACAGACAGAGAUUUUGAUGAUGGUGUCCUUGGGCUGGCAUGGGUUGGUGCACCUUCUGGUAGCUCUGGUGGUAUAUGUGAAAAAAGCAAGCUGUAUUCUGAUGGCAAAAAGAAGUCCCUAAACACAGGAAUUAUCACUGUUCAGAACUAUGGUUCACAUGUCCCUCCCAAGGUUUCACAUAUCACUUUUGCACACGAAGUUGGACAUAACUUUGGUUCUCCGCAUGAUUCUGGCUCUGAAUGUACACCGGGAGAGUCCAAGAAUAUUGGGUUUAAGGAGAAUGGCAAUUAUAUCAUGUAUGCCAGAGCAACAUCUGGAGACAAACUUAACAACAACAAAUUCUCCAUCUGCAGUGUUCGCAAUAUCAGCCAAGUCUUGGAGAAGAAGCGCAAUUUGUGUUUCGUGGAGUCCGGCCAGCCCAUCUGUGGUAAUGGACUGGUAGAGCAAGGAGAGGAGUGUGAUUGUGGCUACAGUGACCAGUGUAAGGAUAUAUGUUGUUAUGAUGCAAACCAGUCAGAAGAUAAGAAGUGCAAGUUAAAGCCUGGAAAACGCUGCAGCCCCAGCCAGGGUCCUUGUUGCACACCCCAGUGCACCUACAAACAGACAAAUGAGAAGUGUCGUGAGCCUUCAGACUGUGCCGAGAUGGGAACUUGCAACGGGUUCUCUGCUCUAUGUCCAGCUUCUAAACCCAGGCAGAACCUGACGGCGUGUAACAGAGAGACUCAAGUCUGCAUCAAGGGGCAAUGUGCAGGGUCCAUCUGUGAAAAGCAUGAGCUGGAGGAAUGUACAUGCGCCAGUACGGAUGGAAAAGAUGAUAAAGAACUGUGUCACGUGUGCUGCAUGGAGAAAAUGAAGCCGCACACCUGUGCCAGCACUGGUUCAGAAGUGUGGAGAUCUUACUUCAAUGGCAAAACUAUCACUCUGCAGCCUGGAUCACCUUGCAAUGAGUUUAAAGGAUAUUGCGAUGUGUUCAUGAGGUGUCGACUGGUUGAUGCCGAUGGUCCUCUUGCCAGAUUGAAAAAGGCCAUUUUUAACCCUCAAUUGUAUGAAAAUAUUGCCGAAUGGAUUGUGGUGCACUGGUGGGCUGUGCUACUUAUGGGAAUUGCAUUGAUAAUGUUGAUGGCUGGAUUCAUAAAGAUAUGCAGUGUCCACACACCAAGCAGCAAUCCAAAGUUGCCGCCGCACAAACCCCUUCCAGGCACAUUGAAGAGAAGGAGACCACCCCAGACAACUCAACAACCUCCACGCCAGAGACCCAGAGAGAGUUACCAGAUGGGACACAUGAGACGUUAACUGGAGAUUUGGUGUUUUUGCCUUUGGUUCUUCCUAGUGCCUACCAUGGGAAAGAUUAACUCCAAAGAAAAACCUACCAACAGUCAUUGUCCCCCUUGUUAGCAACCAAGGAUUAGAUCUAGACACCAGGAGAAAGGCAAGAUUCAUACAUAGAAGAAGAGCUGUACAAGAAAAUAACCUCUUCUUUCUUUUCUUUUUUUCUUCUUCUCUCCUUUAAUCCGUUACAACUUGUCUAACGGCACAAAGUAUAACAACAUUUAUAAAUUUUUUAUCUGCCCCACUUCCACCAUUCCUCCUGCUUAUUGUUUGCUUCCAGCGAGACCCUUACCCCAUUAUUAAAAACUAUUUCUACUGCUGCCUAUUAAGACUAAGGAGAGGUAUACCACAUCCUCAUUGGAGAUUUUCGCUUGCCAAUGUAUAUACCUGAUUACAUAAAAUUGUAAUGUACAAAUACAUCUGUGUGCAAUUGUAAAAAGAAAUUGCAAUAUGGAUAUAAUAAGUUGUAUUGUAAUUUUUUUUUUCUUUCCGCUGUUAAUGAAGACAUUACUGUUUAACCCUUUGAUGCCUACCAGAUGUGUAACAUAUUUGGUAGCAAUAUGUUACACAUCCCUGCGUCAGACAAAGGGUUAAGUGUCAUACUCAGGAUAACAGAGGAUUUGGUGUAAAAAACUUACUGAAUAUAUAAAUAUAUAUGUAUAGAUUUUUUUUCCUGGAUGCUGUUACUAGGCAAAUCCAUAUGCAUUUUUCAUUGCUCACAUUGUCUCAUUUUAUUCAUUUUCUCUUUUUCUUUAUUUCCUUCCAGUGAGCCACUGUUUUUCAUAACACCAGAGACAAAAUGCUCUAUUGGUUUCCUAAACGUAACAAAUGGUCUUGUAUUGGGGUUGAGCAUAAUAUAUAUCUUAGGAAAGCUACACUGUUGGGUAAUGGCCUUGGCAUGUUGUUGCGGCAUAAAUAACCACUAACAUGUAUCUCAGACAUGAACAUAAACGUUUUUUGCAGACAUACGUUUCAUUACUGCUCAUACCUAAUUAUUGUGACUCUGCCUUUUCAUGAUUGGGGUAUUGCCAUGCACAGUAUGGAACAAAUAUGUUAGUAUGUAAUGUAUUCAUGCAUCUGGUACUAUGCAUGUAAAUUAUAUGGGCAUUACCAAUAAGCCACCUUGUUUAAUUUCAUUGUGAUCCUUGAUACAUUAUUGGACCUGGUAAAGGCACCAAAGUGUCUAAGUAGGCAUGGUUUUAAUUGCAUAAAUUUUAUUUUUUAUUUUUUUUGCUUUGUUUGGUACUCUCGCUACCAGAGAUCUUUUUUUCUUUAUCCUUCUUGGUAACAAGAGGUUAAUUUCUAAAGCAACAGUUUACAUGUUCAUUCUCAUAACAAAAUGCCAGCAUAGUAAAAAAAAAAAAAAUUGAAAAAAAGCUUAAAACUAAAAAAAAAAAACACACAAUAACUUCCUUGUAAAAUUGUACAGUGUGUGUGUGGUGAUUUUUUUUUUCAAACACAUUUUUUGUACAACACUUUAGAAACAAAAUUUUGUACAUGGAUUCCCCCAUCUAGUAGUUGAAAAACUAUAAAUAAUUCUGAUUCAACCUUAAAAAAAAAAAAUAAUAAAAAAAAGUUAGAUUAGUGUAGUUUUCAAAUAAAUUGAUUGCAUCUGUUAUCAGAUUGAGAAAAGAGGAUAAGAGGGUUUUGAUUUUGGAUAUGAUGGGUUUAUUUGUAAGUUUGUUAGCGUGGUAGACCUUUAAAUUGUGUAAACUUUUUUUUCUUUCUGUUAUAUCUUUCUGUGGUAAGGUUUGGGGAAGACAAUGCUGUUUUUUUUUUGUUUUUAACUGUAAUGUUUGAACAGAUAAUGCACUGAACCACUCCACAGCAAGUCCAGAUGUGGUAAGCAAAGCAGGAGACGCUAGAAGAGUUCAAUCUAAUACUACUGUCAAUUUAAUGUCCACUGUGUUUUAUACAGUAUUUUUUUUUUUUGUUCACUUUGGAAAUUUUUACUAAAAAGUUGCAAAAAAUUUUUAAAAAGUAUUGUGCGAAGAUAUGUACAUUUUUUUUCCUUUUCUGAAACUUGAUGAAAUGAAUUAAUAAAUAGAAAUGAUGAAAAUCUCAA